UGCAGAUAUAGGGGCGGGGCCUGCUUGGGAAAGAGGAAGCGGACUGGAGAAGGUGGCCGAACGUUCGGUCGCAGGCACCUUUGGACUCAGGUGAGUCGCGGAAGGGUCAGCGCCGGGACCUUUGCUUCAGGCGCUAGGGCCAAGCGCUAGGGGGUCGCCAACGCCGGGGGCUCCUAGCCCUACGACGUUCAGAACAGUAUCACAAAGGAGGGGAAAGCGGCCCUCUUGAGCAUGUCCAGAGUGCAUUUCGCUGGCCGCCCAACCACCGCCCGCCUCCGCGGCGUCUCCGGCAGGAGGGAUUGGGGUUUCCAGGUCAAAGGAUGCAACUCACCGCUCAAGCUCUCCCCACUCCGCUUUUAGGUUCCGGGUACUGCUGGGGAUGUGUUUUGAGGCUUGUGAAAUGUCGGGGAUUACAGCUUUGCUCUGUGACUUGCAAGCCCUGCCCCCUGAUCCAAGAUAUGUUGAGGGGACAUAGCAAGUGAGGAACUGCUCUGCACUUGCUCUAGGGCUCCUGGCUUUUAUUGUUAUUAUUAUUAUUACUACUGUUCUCAAGUGCUGUAUUGAACUUUGGCAUUGGCAACAAAUUACACUGGUCAGCCGCAGUCUGUGGACUUCAGAUUUGCAUUUGCCACGUGGUGCAAACUUGCCCGUUCCUGGACUUUUAUGUUUGCCUUUCCUUUGGGGUGGGCAGUGCCGGAUUUACGUAUAAGCUAAACAAGCUAUAGCUUAGGGCUCCACUCUCUUGGGAGCCCCCCCCAAAAUUUAAAGGAAAAAACAAACUGGAUGUACAUUUCCAAAAUAUAAGUUCAACAAUUACUCUGAUAAAAUACAUAUUUUGUUAUGUGCAAAUGGCUUUAGAUACCUAUUAGGUCCAUAAAUUACCAUAUACUGUAGCAUAUAUUCAACACAAAAAAGCGGCGAUUUGUUGUUGACAAAGGACAGCUGGACGUAUAAAGGGCCCCAUUACCUUCAGUAGUUUAGGGCCUCAUCAAACCUCAAUCUGGCCCUGAGGGUGGGGGGAGGUGUGGAGACACAACCGCUCUUGCCAUUUCUUUCCUUGUGGCCUUGGGAGUUCCAUUUCUGUAUUCCUAAUGUAGUGUUUCCCAGUUUCCAUAGGAUCUUGGCGACAGGCACGCAAGGCAAUGCACCUGCCGUGGCUCCUGAGCACUGCCCUUUUAGGGUUGGCAACCUGUGUGCCCAUUGAACGGCCCAAGGAGAAGCAAGAAGAGGAGACUCCCCCUGAGGCGCCAGUAAGGGAUCCUAAUCCUAAACAUCUCUGUAUUCUUGAGUAGUGCCCUAAUGUAUAAUGGUGGUUGGUGAUAUUAUCAUCAUUAUCCUAUCUCCUGGUUAGCAGAACUUGGAGUCAGGAGUCAGUCUCCUACUACUUUAGAAUAUAUAUUUUUAUUUCUGAUUUCAGUCCAGGAAAUGCUUAUGUUAUUCUUUGCAAGCCAGUACCAGGAAUCAUUCCAUUGAUCAAUUAGUAUUUUUUUUACAUUUAGCUCUGAAUACUUUGAGCAGUUUAGGUUGUGAAAGGGAGGGGAAGAUUUACAGCCUCUGUCUCAGCCAGAGACCAGAUAGCACUAAAAAUUUCUGUUGGUCUCCACGGUAUUUAUGAACUGAUUGUGAUAAGGAAGUUGAAGGAUCUUGGGGUGCAAGAGCAGGAGCAGGUCACACUGCAGAAUUUUGUUACAUCUCUCCACUUGCUUGUUGAUGAUGAUGAUGAUGAUGAUGGUUAGCACAUGGAGUUUGCUUAUGUUGCAUUGGACCUCUGAGUCCAUUAAGCCCAGUUCUGUAUCUUCUCUAACCAAGAAUCUCUCCCAGGUCCUCUUCUCUGGAGACCCCAGGGACUAAAUCGGAGAACCUUAUGUAUGCAAAGCAAACGCUUUACCCCUGACCAACAGCCCUUCCCCGGAUGGUUGCCCUGACCCAUUGCUCUCGCUUUUGCACAGGACACAGGCCUCUAUUAUCACCGCUACCUCCAAGAAGUGAUCAAUGUGUUGGAAACAGAUGGGCACUUCCGGGAAAAGCUCCAAGCGGCCAAUGCAGAGGACAUCAAGGUGAUCUGGACUAUGUUGUGUGGUCAUGUGUGCUAGCAAGAUAGUUUUCUUCUUUAGCCAGCAUUCUGAGGUUUUGGUUUUGGUGCAUAGUGAAAUAUGGCUUCCCUGGGAGCCGGACUUGGAUUUUUGUGGUAGUGAUGAAUCCAUAUCGCCCUGCAGUGUGGUAACUCUUCACUUGCUGAACUUGGACUGAGAAAACCUGGCCUUAAAUCAGGUUGGGAAACCUUUUUGACUCCAUGGACAAGAUGCUUAUCAGGCCAAAUUUGACAGCCUUGGCCACCUCUCAAAAUCCCUUGCAUGGGUUUUCCAAAUGGCCUGGUGGGCCAAAUUGGACUCCCGGUGGGCUAAGGCUGGCCCCUGGGCUGGAGGCUCCUCACCCCUGCUUUUAAUCCCAAAGCUCCAAUCGCUGUCACUCAACCUAUCCUAUCUCAUAAGGCUGUUGUGAAGAUGGGACGAGAUGCAUGUUCUGCAUUGUGUUCCUUGGAGGAAGGGUGGAAUUAGCAUGACUAAAACCUCUGCCAUCUCUGGCUUCUUUCAGAGCGGAAAACUCAGCAAAGAGCUGGACUUUGUCAGCCACCAUGUCCGCACCAAACUUGAUGAAUUGAAGCGUCAAGAGGUCUCCCGGCUUCGGAUGCUUCUGAAGGCCAAGAUGGAUGCAACCAUGGAACAAGGUGAGCUGGGACAGAAGUGGAUUGCGUGAGUGGGGCUCCUGGAGGGAUUUGGGGAAUAGAAAUAGGGGGUGCUGAGAGUCAGGGGUUCUGGUUUUGUGGUUGGGACUGUGGCAUUUUGGAUAGUUUGUGUUAGAUCUGGGUUCCAGCAUGAAAAGUUCAGGGCCACUGCAGAGUUUGUAUGUGUGUAUUGAGUGGUCUUUGGACACUUACGCCUCCUGAUCAGGAAUUAAUUGUUCCUGACAGCCUAUUGCACUUACUUAUUAGUUGCAUUUUCAGCCUGGGCUUCCUCAGAUGUAGCCAUAAAAAUGGUCUUGUUAGAUUGGUCCAUCAGCAACCAGCCUGGUCUCCCCACCCUCACACUUACUUUUCAGGAGACUCAUGAGUUAGGCUUCAUAGUGAGCCCCAUCCCCUGUUGUCACCAGGAACUGAUACAGUCUGGAAGUUCCAUUUUCAGUUGUUCUGACCAAUAGCCAUUGGCUUAAAUGGAAGGUGGGGGAUCUGCUGCCUUCUGUGCCCUGUCCUUGGCCAGGUUGGUUGGAGCUGAUGGGAUUUGUAGCCCAACAACCUGUGGAGGGCUGCAGGCUCCUCAUCCCCAUUCUCUGUGACCUGUUGGAGCUUCAGAUGUGAACCAGCAUCCUUAACCUCUCCCCUGCAAACUCCUCUCCACUUCCAGAUGUACAGGUCGAUCACCUCUCUUUGCUGAAGCAGUUCGAACAUCUGGACCCUCAAAACCAGCACACGUUUGAAGCCCGGGAUCUGGAGUUGCUCAUUCAAGCCGUAUGUCUGAACUUCCUUCCUUAUUUCUUACCAAAAUCGAUGUGGCUGUCUUGUCAGCCUGUGGUGUGCUGAUGCCCUGGUGUUUGUUCACCUCACCCUGGUCCAUACUUGUGCAAUGCAACACAACUGCCUGAUUCAAGUGCUGUGCAAGAAGAUAUCCUUGCAGCGGGUCUUAUUGCCUAUUUAUCAACCAUCCUCUGUUGUUGCUGCUGUUGCGCUUUUCGACAGCUGUGUGAUCUGUGGCAAUUAACAGGUGAUCGCAUUUUGCUCCAUGGUGGAAGAAGCUCCACUUGCUAAUUAAUAUCUAUAAGUAUGGGUGACCGGUUUAAAAGCAAGGCCUUUUGCCUAACGCGCCAUGUGGUUCAGUGUGGGAUCAGCCGUGUGUGUCGUUUUCUCCUCCCCCAUAUUGUUUAAGGGAGUGAAGUUUUUUUCCUUUCCUUAUGCUCUGGAGGAAAACAGCCACAAAAAGAGCAAUUCUUUGGGAAUUAAACUGGAGGUAAUUGCCUGUGUUGAGGAUUCAAUUCCUCUGGAAGGAGAGCCAAGACAAUAAUUCUCAUGCACAGUUUGUUCGAGGAAGUAAGAUAAUCUCUCUUCCCACCCCCACAAUGCUUCUCUGCUUUUCUGUAAAGUGUUUUCUUUAUUGGCUCAUCCCCUUUUGAAGAAAGGCAGGCUGAUCAGGAUGGGAGAUACUGUGUUUUUGUUACGUGCAUGUACGUUUAGUAAUCACAGCACACCCAGAUUUUUAAUAUGUAUCCAAUCUAUUCUACUUUUGGUCUCAAGGGAUGGGUGGUGGAUAGCAGGUCUGAGAUCAAGUGGGGUUGCAAGACCCAAAUCCAGAAUAGCCUUUGAGUUUGCAGUCCUAGUGCAAUUCUGUCUGAGCUCUGCCUAGCUCAGUAAGACGGUGGCCCUGUCUGCACUAUACAUUUAAAGCAGUAUUAUACCGCUUUAAACACUCGUGGCUUUCCCCAAAGAAUCCUGGGAGUGACUGUAGUUCAUUAAGUUGUUAGGAGUCCCUUAUUCCCCUCAUAGAGCUGCAAUUCUUACAGUGGUUACUGAGAGAACUGAGAGUGGAGUUAGGAGUCUCCUGUUCUGAAUAACUGAGUCAGAUGUCUCUAAAGAAUCUGUUUCUAUAUGCAACCACAGCAGCCGGGAUCGUAUAGGCUCAGAAAUGAGAGGGAGGGAACAGUACCAACGAAGGAAGAAUGGCAGACGAAGCUGGUGGAAUAUGCAGAAAUAGCAAGUUUAACCAUCAGAAUUAGAGAUCAGGAGGAAAGAGUGUUUAAGGGAAGAUUGGAAAACGUUUGUAGAAUAUUUGAAGAGUUAUUGCAAACAAAUUAAAACAUUGGCAGGAUUAGAGUAAAUUCAGUGGUAUAAAUUAAGCUGAGAGAAGAUGAGAAAGAAUUAAUAUGGAGUUAAUUAGAAUAUGCAGCAGCAGAAGAUAAUUAGAUUGAACCAUGGAAAGGAGGGAAGUCAGUGAUUGUUUAUUUUUUGUGAAUGCAAAUGUGAAAAAGAUUGUAAAAGUGAAAAUUAUGUAUGCAUAUGCUGCACUAGAUGGAUCAUUGGCCAGAUCCAGCAAGCUUGCCUUACAUUCUUGUGUUUACUUUGAGCUUUGCAGGGACUUCAGGCAUCCGUCUUCGAGCAUCCCGGGUUACAGCAGGGGGAAAUGCUUUUGUCCCAGCUCUCCCACCCCACUUUGUCACUGUUGACACUAUCUGUCUUGCCUCUUCGCCCCACAGGCUACUAAGGACCUGGAGAACUACGAUGCCGCUCACCAUGAAGAGUUCAAGCGUUACGAGAUGAUGAAGGAGCACGAGCGCCGGGAGUACUUGAAAUCUCUGGAUGAGGAGAAGCGCCGGGAGGAGGAGGCGCAUUUUGAGGCGCUCAAGAAGAAGCACAAGGAACAUCCCAAGGUCAACGUCCCGGUAAGGGAACCACUUGUAGGUUUUUUUGUGGGGGGAGGGCGUGCGGGUGUUCCUGUGGGAAGCAAAGAUGGGAGAUACUAAUUCUUUUGACUGGCCUUGAUUGCCUCAUCUGUAACCCCAACGCAGGGGAGCCGCGAUCAGCUCAAAGAAGUCUGGCAGGAGACCGACGGCUUGGACCCCAAUGAGUUCAAUCCCAAGACUUUCUUCAAAUUACACGGUGAGGAGAGGGAGGAAGGGUGUUCCUUUCAUCGCUUCCCUGAAGGGAGCUCUGGUUUCAGGCUUAUAGCAGUGGAGGGCUGACAGGUUUAGCUGAUGAUCAGUAGAUUAGUGACAUUUUUUAGUACAGUCAUACCUCGGGUUGAAUGUGCUUCAGGUUGAGUGCUUUUGGGUUGCAAUCUGUGGCAACCUGGAAGUAAUGAAGCGCGUUACUUCCGGGUUUCGCCGCUUGUGCAUGUGCAGACGCUCAAAAUGACGUCAUGCGCAUGCACGGAAGUGGCAAAACGCGACCCGUGCAUGCGCAGACGCGCCGUCGCGUCUUACGUUCCAUUCAGGAUGUGAAUGGGGCUCCGGAACGGAUCCCGUUCGCAUCCCGAGGUGCCACUGUAGUUGGAAGUCACUCUGGAUGGCUUCCAAUACAUAAAAACACAAUAAAACAUCAGACAUUAAAAAUUUCCAGAUACAGGGCUGCCUUCGGGUAUCUUCUAAAAGUUAUAUAGCUAUUUAUCUCCUUGACAUCUGAUGAGAAGGCCCUCUGCCUGGUUGCCUGUAACUUCACUUCUCACAGUGGUGAAAUUGCCAGAAGGCCCUUGGAGCUGGACCUCAAUGUGUGGGCUGAACGAUGGCGGUGGAGACGCUCCUUCAAGUAUACAGGACAGAGGCCAUUUAGGCCACAGUUUGUCUUGAAAACAUGGUUUAUUUCCUAACGUGCCUCACCCUGUCCCUGCACAGCUUCUCUCUUCUCCCUCACCUCCACAUGUUCUCCAAACGAGUCACAUUAUUUUCUAGAUCUGAUUUAUUACUCUCCCUUCACAGCAAGGUACCAGGGUAAUGUAGAAACACAAUCUUGAAAUCAGUUCAAACAAUGGACAAAGCCACAUUCUUUUGGCUGUAAUGUUGUUCAAACCCAGAGCAUGGUAUUUUUUUAACCCGCCAUGUGCAAUAAGGCCAGAAAUAAAUUUAAGGUAUGUUCUUGGAUUAAUUGGUAGCCCACCAUGUUGUUUGAAGGAAACAAGGCUUUAGGUGACAUGACAGGCCGUAAUUUGUGUGGGCAUAUUUGUGAUUAAACCAUGGUUUAAGACAAACUCUGGCAUAUUGUGACGUGCAAAACCAGACCACUGGCUCUCCCAUAAUUACUCACUGGGGAGAGAGAGAGAGAGAGCGAGAGAGGCUUGCCUAAGUCUAACUCUAUCUCCCUUACUUUCCCCCCUCAGACACAAAUAGUGAUGGAGUUCUAGAUGAGCAGGAACUGGAGGCUCUCUUCACUAAGGAGGUAAGUUCUCUGCCUAAAGGUAAAGGUAAAUGUACCCCUGACCAUUAGGUCCAGUCGUGACCGACUCUGGGGUUACGGCGCUCAUCUCACUUUAUUGGCUGAGGGAGCCGGCGUACAGAUUCCGGGUCAUGUGGCCAGCAUGACUAAGCCGCUUCUGGCGAACCAGAGCAGUGCACGGAAACGCCGUUUACUUUCCCGCCAGAGUGGUACCUAUUUAUCUACUUGCACUUCGACGUGCUUUCGAACUGCUAGGUUGGCAGGAGCAGGGACCGAGCAACGGGAGCUCACCUCGUCGCGGGGAUUCAAACCCCCGACCUUCUGAUUGGCAAGUCCUAGGCUCUGUGGUUUAAUCCACAGCGCCACCCGCGUCCCCAUAGUUCUCUGCCUAGUUCUUAGUAAUAAGCCUGGGCCCAGGCUGUACCACAGCAGACUGCAGCUUUGAGGUGCAUGCAUGUUUCAAUGCUCUUCCAUACAAAAGCAAGCCUGCAAGCCCCUCUGCAUGUAGAAAACUAGCACAUGGGAGGAAAGCUUCUCUCUGACACUUCAUUUUCUGUGUACAAAGAAGUUUUUCUUGUAUUUGGGGGCAGAAGGGGAUGCAUUCAAGCAUUUGAGCCUCCCCUUGCAGUCUGCUGUGGUGCAACCUUGAAACAGGUCCUCAUAAGGACUAGCCUCUUGCCUGCAUAUAGUGAGCAAUUUUAUCAGGCAGGGGUCUGUUUACCAGCCCAAAUGCUGGGGAUUGAACCUGGGAAAGUCUGCAUGCAGAGCAAGCCCUUUCCUAACUGAGCUGCAGCCCAGUUGUCAAGGGAUGAUCUGAUAAGAGGGCUGAUAGGAGUCCCAGCAAUAUCCUGAGGGUCACAGACUCCCCAUCCCUGUUUUUUUGUGGUGUGGGUUGUGAGCAGUCUCGAGAGGCAGGUUUCCCUUCUGGGGAACGACAUGAGCUCAGGUGUGUAGCAUGCAUGUUGUGCAUUCCAGAGGUCCCAGAUUUGAUCCCUGGCGUCUCCAGGCAGGGCUGGGGGAUGCCUCAGCUUGAAGAGCCAGAAAGACACUGGCAGUCCAGUGUAAAGGUAAAGGUAAAGGGACCCCUGACCAUUAGGUCCAAUCGUGGCCGACUCUGGGGUUGCGGCGCUCAUCUCGCUUUAUUGGCAGAGGGAGCCAGAGUGCAGCUUUCGGGUCAUGUGGCCAGCAUGACUAAGUCACUUCUGGUGAGCCAGAGCAGCGCACGGAAACGCCAUUUACCUUCCCGCUGGAGCGGUAUCUAUUUAUCUACUUGCACUUUGACGUGCUUUCGAACUGCUAGGUUGGCAGGAGCAGGGAUGGAGGAACGGGAGCUCACCCCGUCGUGGGGAUUAGAACCGCCAACCUUCUGAUUGGCAAGUCCUGGGCUCUGUGGUUUAACCCACAGCGCCACCUGCAUCCCGGCAGUCCAGUGUAGACAAAGCUAAAUAGAACCAACUGGUCUGAUGGGGUAGGAGGCAGCUUCCUAUGCGCCCACAAUUCAGGACCUUUGGACCUUUUUCUUUUUGUGGAGAAGAGGUUCCUCAGGGUUAGAGAAGGGGGAUGGGCACAACAGGGCUUCUUAGCCUCUCACCUUGCCCUUGUUCCCCACUUUGCAGCUGGAGAAGGUCUAUGACCCCCGGAAUGAAGAGGACGACAUGUUAGAAAUGGAGGAGGAGCGGCUGCGCAUGCGGGAGCAUGUCAUGCACAAUGUAAGCGUCUGGGCCGGAUGGAGAGGGCGAUAUAGCGCCAUUGCUCCCUGCGAUCAGAGAAGACAAAGGGGGUCCAACUGCGAGACAUGCUUAUUAUGACACCCCAGCUUUUCUCUGAGUGAAACACUUGCUUCUUCCCCUUUCUGUUUUAUCCCUGCGAGACGGGUUAGCCCUGGCAAGCUUCAUGGCCGAGUGGGGACUUGAACCCUGCUCUCCCAGGUCCUUGUCCCAACGCUAACCACUGCACCACGCUGUCUCUUUGGCUUGUUUUUUGAAGGCUGCUGGUGGUAAAGCGAUCCGCAGUGCUAGCGUAUCAGCUGAGAGUGAGAUGUCAAGUUCCCCCUGUUGUUGGCGGGAGGACUUAAUGUACCUUUCCUCCAACUUACCGCCCUCCUGAUUUUUUGACUCCCCCAAUGACCCUCAGCCCCAGCAGUCAUGGUCUAUGGUUGGGGGAUGGUGGGAGUUGCAGUCCGGCUUAAUGUCUCUCAGCCCAGCCUAUUGCCCGCAGCAUAGCCCUGCCUCAUAGGGUUCUCGUGCUUAAUGUCCUGCGGGAGCGAGUUCCACAGUUUAUGCUCUGUGGUGUUGCCUCUGCUCGUUCACAGUCCUAAUGUGGGAUGUCUUGAAGACUCGUCUUAGUAGAAAGCUUUGCCAAAAAUAAAAAAAUACCCAAACCCCAGAAUUUGUGGGUGAGGGUGAACACUAAAAGAGACCACAACAGGGGUGGCAGAACCCAUUGCCUGCCUCCAGAUCUUUGUUUGAACUGUUCGCCAUCUCUGAUCAUUGGACAUGCAGCCCUGGGGCUGAUGGGAGUUGCUGGAAAUGGAACGGAGGCAGCAAGCGAGGUCAUUGAAUCUCUGCUAAUGUGCAGCAAGCACAGAAAACAUUGGCAGUCUAUAGUGACAGGAGCAGCUUGCAACUGGAGCGGAGGAGGACUGAACUGCUUCCCUUCAGUUAACAUCCUUUCACUACCAGAGUGGUUGAAAGGGCCAGACCACACGUUUCCUUUCCCCUGAGAGGUUGUGGAGAAAGAGACUGACUUCAGGAAAUAUGUGGGUGGCAGAGCCUGUGUGUUUGUGUGUGUGUGUACUGGGAAACUUGGCUUUCCCCUUUUCUCUCCCACACAUUUGGCUUCUGAGAUCUUUCUGCGUAUUCUUCACAUCAGCUGGUGUCAUCUACACCUCGGUAUUUUUCCAAGUAUCUAGAAUAGAUGACUGGAACUUCCCCCAACCUGAUGCCGCCCUCCCACCUGAGGACCCAAGACUAGGGGAAGGCUGUUCUGUUCUGAACAUUUACCAGCUUGACUCAUCACUGAGGCUCUGUUUCUGCUUUCCCCACCUUUUUGAAGUGAGGAGGAUUGUUAACGAGAGCAGCUUUUGCCAACCUGGUGCCCUCCAGGUUGGCGGUGAUGGGAAGUUAGCCAACCUGAUGACUUCCAGAUUUGCUAAGGCUGAAAUGGAGACGGGGCCUUUUUGGUAGUGGCGCCCAGCCUAUGGAAUUCCCUCCACAGGGAGGUUUGAGGGGGUUCUCCCCCUCUUCCUAAGGGCAAGUCAAGGCUUUCCUUUCUAGAAAAGCCUUUGUGGCGAGAGCAGUUGUUUGUCCUGUCCUGCUCCUGCUUAUUGUCAUCUACUUGCUGCUGUUUUUGUAAGUUUUAUUGUCAGGUUUAUAGUGAUUGGUUUUGUUUAUUUAUAAUUCUGUUGAUUUAAAUUGGGGCCUGUUGUAACAUUAAGGUGGGUUUUUUGUUUUUUCUGUGGGUGCAGAAAUGCAGCAUAUAGAUAUACAAAAUUUACUUCCAUGUUCCAGCAAACGAGGCUGGAAACUUGCUCAUUAUUUUCUUCAAGAAGUGAAAGCUUUAAGACAUGUUGUUCUGUAGCCAGUAUAAGUAUGGAGUGACCCAGAGUCAAGAGAGAAGGGUGGCGGACCCAUAACUCAUACGCUGCAGAUUUCUGAGGCGCCAACAGGCUUGGAGGGGAAAAUGUCAGAAAAGCAGGGAGGGGCUGAAAAUGGCGAUUGAGGCCUAAUAGAGGGAUUGAAGGCCCAGGCAGAUUUCUGUGGUCCGUUCACAACUUAUCUUCUUGCAGGUGGACCUUAACAAAGACCGCCUGGUGACCCUGGAAGAGUUCCUCAAAUCCACUCAGAAGAAGGAAUUCAACGAAGCCGACGGAUGGGAGGUUUGUGGAGGGGAGACUGCUGUGCGAAACAAUAUUCUGAAUGUCUGCUAACAAGGAUCAAAGAAGCAGGUCACUAGUAGCAGAUUUCAGGUUCAGGGGUGUGGGGCACCUCAGUUACAGGGGCCAGAAAGUACCUCCAUCCUUCUCUGUCUCUCUCAAGCCCUGGGACUCUCCAUGGGCCAAACAUUUGUUCCAGCCUUGUUCCAAGUGCUUUUCCCUGGUUGAAACCUGCCAUUGAACUGUGAUUAUGCCUUGGAUAUGUAAGGAUAGAUUUAGGUGGGUGGGUGCCUGGAGAAGCCUGGGUUUGGCAGGCCUGGAAUGUAGCUACUGUACAGAGGUAAAGAGUCAGAUCAUUAGCCACACCCAUUUUGCCUCUGGCCACACCCACCUUUGCCUCUGGCCACACCCACUACUGGCAUGAUGCAAGGUGGCCCUUGAGAGAGUGAUCCCCUCUGGUUAAAUAAGGUCUGCCCAUCCCUAGGCCAGGAGCAGAUAAAUCUAACACACUCUCUGAAACUAGGUUAAUCUUGCUGCAUCCAUGUGAAGUUGCUAAAAAGCAAAACAUCUGUCUUUGCUUGAGGCAAGCUAAUUCCCUUGGCGUGGAAUGAGACUUGUCUUAAAUUGUUUGGGGCUGUGUAUCAAGAGGGCCUACUGCCCCUGAUCCGAUAUAGUGUGGGAGUUUUUGAAAAUUGAUUUUGUGAGAGACUUCAGAGUCAAGAAAACAGCAUUUCAGUUUCAUCUGAUUACAGUCAAAACGUGCUGACUUUUCCUUGGCUGUCUUAGAUGGCCCUGAGCCUCAAGCUUCUGGUGUUUUUAAAGGUAAAGGUUGUUUCAAGUUUUUUUAAUAAAAAAUGUGUCAAAUGAUUUUAAGCCAUGCAAUUAAAAAAAAAAAAAGAUUGGGCCAGAAGAAGGUUUUAAAUGAUAAAUGAAGGUGACUGGUUUUUCCUGCCCUGUGUAUGUUAAGAGAGUUUUCUAUAAAUUGCUCAAAGUUGCUUGCAGCAUUUAAAAAAAAAAAACUGAUUGCAAAAACUACUGUCAGAUCUAAUAAAGCCGUUUUAAUAUGCAGCAUAACUACGAAGCCAGCAACCUUGUGUGGCCAUUUCUGAUUCUCACCCCUCAGCUCGAUUACAUUUUUAUUUGUUGAGGAGAGCAAAAAUGCUCAGAACCUUUCAUUUUUGCAGCAGCAGCCUUUUAGGAGCUAUAACUGUAUUUUUCAGUGGGUACUUGUUCCAGCCAUGGGAACAUAAGCCCAGUAGCUGCCGGUGCCCGUUGGGGCUGGUGGGGCAGAAGGCAGUGAGCCCAAGAGCCAGAGACUAGUGGAGUUUGUAUUUGGUUUGUUCCCAUCCUCAUCUUCCCUGUUGAGUUCUAUCGAAGCAACUCUGAAGCUGAGGAGGGAGAGGAAGCUGACAGGCAGCGCCUCCCCCUGGACAGAGUGAUGUUGGUGGGGCAGUGCCCCGUUUGCCCUAAUGGGCCAGCCUCCUCUGCUUAAGCCUUGGUAUUUGUGAAAUCUGCAACAGAGGUACUUUGAUCCAUAUUACAGGCAACUCCCCACUUAGGCACAUUCGAGGCAUGGGUGACUUGCACACCCCAGAAGUGGAACAAAACGGCACAGAAACCAUGUUAGCAAUCCCACAAGCCUUUGCGAGUGCAAUCCCAGGAGCCUUUGCACCAACCUUUGAGGCCUGCGGGGAGUUGGAGUUUGAGAAAGGAGGUUUUCAGGGAGCGAUUGCGGUGGAGACUUUGUUGUAUUUUGGGGUUUUUCGAGAGUUUCCAGAGGCUUGCAGGCUUCCUCAAACUCGGCCCUCCAGAUGUUUUUUGGCCUACAACUCCCAUAAUCCCUAGCUAGCAGGACCAGUGGUCAGGGAUAAUGGGAAUUGUAGUCUCAAAAAACCUCUGGAGGGCUGAGUUUGAGGAAGCCUGGUUUAGAGGGUGUUUGCAGGCAGGCUCUUUCAAUGAUUUUUGCAAUAGACACAAUUUCACUUAAACAUGCGCUGCCUCGGAACGUAACCCCUGCAUCAAUGGGGAGUUGCCUACAUAUACAAUCACCACCACUAUCACCCUUCGUUCUGUGUUGGACCAAGUCCAUGUCACGUGACCUAAAAGAGCUCCCAGAUUUAAUGAUCUCUCUUGUCAGUUAAGCCAGCCGCUCUGUUUCUCACUUCUUCCCCCAUCCAGACUGUGGAAGAGACCCAAGUGUACUCGGAAGCCGAGCUUCAGCGCUUUGAGGCAGAGCUGGCAGCCCAGCAGGCAGAGUUAGGCCGGCAAGCGGAGCAGCUUCGCCAGCAGCACCAGGAACUGCAGCAGCGGCAGGUGGAGCUUGAUGCCCAGAAGAAGGAAUUUCAGCAGGUGGGAAGCACGAGGUUGGGGGAGCGGCAGACAUUUGGUUGGGUGGCAUAGCUGUUGGGUGAGGGUAGUCGGAUUGGGAGACAGGUUAACCGAAAGGGGAAAGGGCUUUGGUGUGGCGAGAAGUGUGCAGUUGCAGUCCUUUCUUCUGCAAGGAGAUCAAAGCAUGAGGGAACAUGUGCAAAAAGAAGAAGAAAAGGUCCCAGCAUUUUGUAAUUGCAUGCAUGCCGUUUUCAGGAUGCAAUUGCACUUUGAGGGUUUGUGUGAGCUCACCCAGCUUCCUGUUCCUUACAGGUUGUUCUCCAGAUGGAACAGAGGAAAGCCCAAAAGCAGCCUGAGCAGGCAGCCCACGCUGGACCUGACGGAGAACUGAAGUUCCAAGCCCAGCCGCCGCAUGCAGCCCCAGCAGGUAGGAGGAGCCGUAUCCCCUGGGUUCUCUUGGAAAAUAAGGGAAUCUGGUCCGUUGAGAGAGGAAAAGUGGUUGGCAGCUGGGGUCUCUGGGCUUUUUUGAAAGGGACGAGGAUCUGGGCCUGUAUGCAGUGCAGUUCAGCCGCCUCUUUACUUCGAAAUAUGCUCCCAAACACCAGAAGCUGUGUGGCAAAGUGACCAGAGUGUUGGUCCAGGACUGGGGAGACCAGGUUUCAAAUCCCCACUCAGCCAUGGGACUCGCUGGGUGACUUUGGGCUAGUCCCUGUCUCUGAGCCUAACCCAUCUCACGGAGGGGGUGAAUCAUGUAGGCCACCUGGAGCCCCUUGGAGGAGAGGUGGGCUAUAAAUGGGGGGGGGGUGUUAAAUUAAAUCACAAGUAAAACUGGCUUCAGAACUGUUUAUAAUGUCUGGCAGUAGUUCUCCUGGGUUCCAGAGAGGGAACAUUCCCAGUCCAAUACAGUGGUACCUGGGGUUAAAUACUUAAUUCGUUCCGGAGGUCCGUUCUUAACCUGAAACUGUUCUUAACCUGAAGCACCACUUUAGCUAAUGGGGCUUCCCGCUGCCGCCGCGCCGCCGGAGCCCGAUUUCUGUUCUCAUCCUGAAGCAAAGUUCUUAACCCGAGGUACUAUUUCUGGGUUAGUGGAGUCUGUAACCUGAAGCAUAUGUAACCUGAGGUACCACUGUAUGGAAAAGUUGGGGAGUGAACCUGGGACCUUCUGCAUUCAAAGCAGUUGCUCUACCACUGAGUUACGGCCUUUCCCCAUAGCAGGAGAGUGCGGGGGGUGGGGAGGCUUGCCUGGCCGUGGCGCUCUGGAUUCUUUGCAGUCUCCACCAGCCACCUCCCCAAUUCUGAUGCUGGGGAAGGAGGGAGGGAUGUCCCCGUGUAGCUGCCAGGAGGAUCUCUGCCUGCAGCUUCAAAUUUUCGAAGAGGGCUGGUCACUUCUGUACCCUCUCCAGAGGGUGGCACCAGGCAUGGCAGGUGGAUCCGUCUAAACCUGUGUUCUGGGCCCCUGCGCCAGGAGGGCAAGCGAAAGGGAGGAACAGGAUUCCCAUGCUCUUUCAGAGGCAAGUGAAGUCCUGUCGAUGACAACAGCUCCACGCUCUUGUCUUCUCCUUUCCCCCCAGACCAAACACCUCCUCCUCCACCCGAGUCCCGUGCUGGAGGCCCUGCGUUGCCGGAUGCUCCUGCCCUGCAGAACCAGGUGGAACCUCUCCAGAACCAACAGCAUCACGCGAAUCCUGUGGAGCACUGAUGGGUGUGGUUGUGGGGAAUUAGGGUUGCCUUUUCCUCUUGUUUCCCCAUCCCCUUUGCACCUGGAGCUCCCAAAUCCAAACUUUCCCCGGUACCAUGGGCAAAGGGAAUAGGCAAGAGAUCUCUCCUAUCGCAGAAAACAGUGGGAAGAGUCUUUAAUGGAAGCCCUGCCCCUUAACCAGUCUCUGCCCACUCCUCUUCUGGUCGCACACAAGAGAAAAUAGGUAUGGGAGCUGUUAAAAAACAACAACGCACACACAUAAAUCCUCCCCUUUUUUAAAUUUAACGGAUCCGGGCUCUCUGCUUCUCUCUAGCCACAAUGAGCCUCUGAGGGAGCCCUUAGCAGGGCUCUAAUGAGGGAGGUGGAGGAGCGUUUGCCAUGGAAGAUGAGCAGAGGGAGGGAGAAGAAACUGAGCGAGAGACCAGCACCACACCUGCCCUGGUCACUUUCUACUAUGUUCCUGGAUGCACUGGGGUGAAAUCAACAGGGUUGGGGGACAUGAUGUCUCUCUUGCUGAUGUCAGUAUUGUAGACUCGGGCCACUACCUUCCUCCUUUUCAAAAGUUGAUUCCUUUAUAAUGGGAUUGCAGUGUUGACCUUUUUUUAUUUUUAAUUAUUUGGGCCCUUGUAUUUAAAUAAAGCUCUCAAAACACGUCUGAUUUCCU